AUGGCGCUCACCGCCGAACAAGUAAAACGAAACCCCGAGCUCCUCUCGCAAAAUCGAUCUAAGAGCACCUUCGGUUACCUCGACGGUGUCUUUGGAGGCGUCCUAUUUGACGGCCAGGCUUUUGUAACCACCCCGAAUGCCGAUGAACUACCUGAGCCCAUCCUUGGCCUCAUUAUACCUGUUCGGCUGAGGCAGGAUGGGAGAUUUGGACCCGAGGAUCCUUUCCAGCGACCCCAGAUGUACGUUAGCCAGCACCCGCACCUCGCAUGCAUUCGCCGUCCCCCAAUCGACCGAUUCAACACCAACGAUAUCAUGUUUUUCAAUCCAUCUGCGGACACCCAUUUCCUCGCCCUCCACUCAUCACGCCUAGGACUUUUGCAUCCCAAUUAUGUCUCGCGUCUUCGUCUACCCUCCAUCGCGCUUGCCCAGCGAUAUUACGCCUUCAUGGAAUCUCGAAAAGACCUCGAAAACUCGUAUGCACGAAAGCAUUUCAACGGUCAUGUCACCCAACUCAAGAUCUGGAUUGCUCGCCUCGAAAAUACCAAAGCGGCAUGGGCGGACAUCCUAUUCUCGGUCACGCAAGCCCAACGCCACUACCUCGAGCUGGAGGCCUUUCUCGAAUACAUGCAAGUCCGUCAACCCCUCAUGAACAGCCCGGACUACGGCGAGAUCAAGCGGCCUGCUGCGAACUUUAUUGGUGCUUUCACCAACAAGGUUGUUGUUGUCGAGGAGUUUGCCAAAGCUGGCGUGCCCGUCUGGCUGAUUCGACCCAUCAAGGAGUUCAACGAACUCACGCGCAUUGACGCCGUAGUCACCCCCACUCCUCCCGAAGACUCCUCCAUUGAACUACAGCCGUGGCGCGGCCACAAGACACUCGCAUGGAAUCGGGGAGCUGACGAUCCCCAACGCCAUAACAACCUUAUGCUAUUCGGCCGCGAGUUCCUGGCCUACACCGACUUUGGGCGCACCUCCGCGGUUCGGGACACCAUCGAAAGUCCCCCUGCCGUCCCCAGCUUAGGAGACGAUUUCUCUGCCGGCCCUUCGCGAGGCCCCCCCACCAGUCGCAAUCAUAAGGUCACUCAAGCACCCACCAAACCCCGCCUCCAUCUACACCCGACCGAUGUCGUCCAUUUCAAGCCCAACCCCCAUCCGAUGAUGCCGCUAAUGAUGGAGGCAUGGGCCUACGGCUUGUCCACUGUCACGAUCAACGCAAACAACGUUUCUCCACAAUAUGCCGAAGGCGACAACGCCUUCAUCUUCCCUCCUCCAUCCGUCUUUCUUCCUCCUCAAACCGACGGCGAUUUAAAGCCACGCCAGUUGAAGAUUUUGCAUGCGUUCAUCAGGCACUACGACAUCCUCCUCCUUCGCAUGUCGCCUCGCAACUCUCCUACCUCAAUCCCGCGUGGCAAGUGGCACCGUAUUCUUGCCCCCGAGCGUCGAAAUCAAAAGCCUACUCCCGUCAACGACUUGCAGCCCCCUUCCAAGAAGCCUAAGAGCGACAUACCAUCUCAACGCCCACCCGAGCUUUACACGCUCCUUGUGCAAUGGACGGAUCAGCUCGACCCAGACAAUGCGCAUCGCAAUGAAACCCUCGCCUGGGCCGGCGAGCACCUCCCUCUUGACAGGUGGCCACAUGUUCGUGUCACCGAACGCAUACUAUACGAAAUCAACGAGAUCAACCUGCGUUGGGAGUUCCGCAUGUUGGAUAAGCGGAUGACGGUGGACACAGCGCCACAAGACGCUCACGACGACCUCGUAACUCAAUGCUUCCCUUCUUCAAGCUUCGCAAGCGAUGCGGGCGGCGACCACAUGAGCGUAAAGUAUACGACAGCCUGGCGCGGCCUCUCCAACCCCAUCGACAAGCAAAGGCGCAAGUAUGUUCUCGCUCUGUCUCGCGUCCUGGCGGAAUGGAAGGGAUGUCCCGAGGAGAUCGUCGCCGCCUCGAAAGAAAAGGCCAUCGAUAUGGACCUGAUCUCCCUCGAGCGAGCCUGUGCCUCGUUUUAUUGUAGACAAUUCUUUUACUUCUUCGCUCGAGCGCCGUCCGUUCCCCUUCGCACAUCCAUCGACCCUACGAUCUAUAUAAUGCCUUGA